AUGCCAAGAUCUUUGUGUUUGUCGAGCAGGAGUCUGUGGAAGUUUGAUGAAUUCAAGGUUGCAAACAUGGAGGCUGAGGAUGAAGAGGAUGAUGAGUAUAUUAUUGCCUCCUGCUGGAAACCUGCUGAAAUGCUGCCUAGGAAUCAGGUGUUGGGAGGCUACAUUUUCGUAUGCAACAACGAGACCAUGCAAGAUGAUCUCCGUCGCCAGCUCUUUGGCCUUCCACCGAAAUACAAGGACCCGGUGAGGGCAAUAAUGCCAGGUUUACCCCUCUUUCUUUAUAACUACACCACCCACCAGCUGCAUGGAGUGUACCAGGCUGUGAGUUUCGGAGGGUCAAACAUAGACCCAACCGCGUGGCAAGACAAGAAGUGCCCGCUUGGAGGCUCAAGGUUCCCAGCGCAGGUUAGAAUCCGAACCAAGAAGAAAUGCAAACCACUUGAAGAAGAUGCUUUUAGGCCUUUUUUAUACCACUAUGAUGGUCCCAAGUUUCGUUUGCAGCUUUCUGUCCCUGAGGCACUUGCAUUGUUAGAUUUAUUCAAUGAACAAGACUCUAUUAGACAAACUCCACUCAAGAUAUAAGCUAAACCAACAACUUACU